AUAACUGAAGGUGUACACUAACAAUCCCAUGUCUAAAUGAGCUGCAUUAUUCUCUACCAAAAUAAUCAGGAUUAUCUUUCUAGUGAUAGGAUCAGAGGGAAUGGUUUCAAGCUACGGCAGGGGAGAUUCAGGCUGGACAUUAGGGAGUAUUACUUUUCAGAAAGGGUGGUCAGGCACUGGAAUGGACUGCCCAGGGAGGUGGUGGAAUCACCGAGCCUGGGGGUGUUCAAGGAAAGACUGGAUGUUGUGUUGAGGGACAUGGUUUAGUAGGAGCUAUUGGGAAUAGGUGAACGGUUGGACUGGAUGAUCUUUUAGGUCUUUUCCAACCUUAGUGAUUCUAUGAUUCUAUGAUGCUUCCUGUUGCACAAACUUUUUAAUAAUUAAUUUAAUAAUUAAUAAAUAAAUUAAUAAAAAUGCAGUUACUUUAUUGAUACCAUUUAUUAAGAACUAUUUCUAUAUUACAAUAUUAGUAGUCUUUUAUUAAUACAAAUUAGUAGUUGUAUUUCCCUCUGUUUUCUGUAUUUUGAAUUUUCUAGCCCUCAGAAAACCUAUAUUUUUGGCCAGAGGAUAAAUUCUUCUUAAAAUAUCUUUGCAAAUUUUAUAAUUGCAAAUUAUUUUGAGACCAAUAGAUAAAGCAGUAAGAAAUAUGAUAAAUGGCAGCUUUCUACAAAAAAAAAAGCUCAAUAAUUCUAUUUCUCUGGUGUGCAAUUACUAAUGCUGACUUAUACAGGUCUUUUUUUUUUUUUUAACCACAGUUACAUGUGAUUUUUUUCUCCUAUUUGUGCUGUUUUGGUUUUGUUGUUUUUUAUGUUGUCAACACACAUUGUUGGUACGUUGCAGCACAGGACAGUCCAUUGUGAAGACAGAGCAGGAAUUUCAGUCAACAUGUCAACUCUGAACCAAAGCCUGAUGCCUCUUUUUGUACACAGCUGCCUUUGAAUGAUCACUUCUCUGAAAUCUCUGUUGAAUAACUUGAGACUGAAAUCUCGGUAUAUUCUGCUUGCUAGCUCUGAACAAGAGUUUGUUAAGGGCUGCUGAUUGUACCAUAUGCAGUGCUGGAGAUGUCUGUAGCCACUAAUGAGGUCACCAAGCGCCUAGUUUCAUGUAACAGCUUCUUCCUCCCCUCUUCUCGAUUUCUUUCCGGUCACGUAAUGCUGGAGUAUGUGAAACAAGCCUUCUUUGCUGCUUCAUGAAAUUGCUGGGUGGUGCUGCCCUGCAAAUUCAUUUACUGUUGGGACUGGGAGAUCAGCUACUCCAUGAGAAGGGUCUGUUUAUGUCUUUGCUUCUUUUUCCUUAGUGACCUGUGCCUUGCUGCUGCUGCAGGACCCUAGUAACCUUCCUUCAGUGUAUCGCUCUGUCUCUCUUUGUGCAUCUCUCCCUAUGGCUAUGUCUUUUAAAAGGGUCAGGCGCCCCUGCUAGUCCCAAUACCUCUUUCUUUUUUCCUCAAACUAGGCACCAUUCCUGGUUCUUCGGUUAUGGAGAUGGUGAGAAGUCAGAAAUGCAAAUACUAUCCAGACUCCAACACUGAUUAUCAUUGAUGAGUGCUGUGUGAACCCUUACGCUUUUAAAUGCAAAUAAAUAUUCACAUGUGAUAUGACAUAAUAGUGUAGAUGUGCUUAUCAGAAACCAUCUUCCCAGCCCCACCCCUGCACCGCAUCCUCUGACUCAUGGAAUCUCAGCAUCCGUGCUGCUGGAGCCACCCUCUGUAAAAGUCUUGUUCACUUCUAGAGUCAGAGGUUGCCUGACUGCAGACAGAUCUCAAUCUGGCAAGGGAUUAUUCAGCCUCAUCCGCUUCCCAGGUGGACAAAUAAUGCAUACUCUGUUUUUGUCCCCUGGAAACCUGGGUCACGUUUGCAGCUCUCUCCCGGGGAAGGGCCUGGAUUUAAAGGAUGCAAUGGUGUGCAAGGAGGUUUCAUCUUGCAGUGCAACAGGAAUCCAGGACUGUGGGGCAAGUCUGGAAGGCAGUUCCUUCAGGGCUUCUCUCUGCUGAUACAAGUCCAUUAGCUAAGACACAGGCAAGUGCCUUGUAUUCUGGAUUUGAUUCUAGGCUGUUGCUGUCUGGCUAAAUACAUUUCUAUGUCAAAUACUUUCUGACAGAAGACUGGAAUAAACCAUUAAAUUCUUUUUGUUGGUGCACAGCAAUUACAAUCGUGAAAUAUGUUGCUGUGCCAAGUGAGGCAGGCCUACAGAAUGAAAUCCUCUGCAAAUCUACCCAUUCAUAUGCAUACCAACUCACUACGCAUGAAGAUGUCUACAAUAAACUGUUCUUCCAGGUCAGUGUAUCAAAACAAUUGUUUUGAUUUAUAUUGACUUCAAUUUCUAUGCCUGACAGCUAAUUCAGAAACAAAGGAGGUAAGAAACCACAGCACCCAGAUACAAGGGACUUAUGUGCACGUGUAACUUAAUCUUCAAGAUUUCCUACGGGAUGGUCUGUAGAUCUCACCAUAGCAGGGUGCAACAGGCAAAAUGUAGAAGUUACAGCUCCCAGGCGUGACUCUUCUCUAGCAGAGAUUUCUUUUCUAGGGAAGAGAGAUCCUCAGAGCUCAAUCAGUAAGCAGUGUGCAGGCCUGCCCAGGCUGGCAUCCCUGCUGCAAGGUGGCCCUGAGCCGGGAGCAGCUGGGCUGUGCUCAGAUGGCAGCACUGAUGGCCUGCGGCCGUGCCUGCACCCAGCAGGAAUGUGUCCAGGAAUGUGUCAGUUCCGGGCUCUACUGUCAUUUCCCAAACUCCUGCAAUCUGGGUUUGCUUUGAAUGCCAUGCCUGAAUAGUUCAUUCAUCUGACAGGCGAUACGUUUUUUCAGCUGCAGCACAGCCAGCAGGAUUGCUCAAUGCUCACAGCUCUCUAGCCUUUGAUGUUCUGAGAGUUUCAGGAAACGGUGUCGGCUUCCUAGAACUUGGGGAAUUCACAGAUUUCUGCAAGACCUUCCUUAUUAAAGUUCCCUGUCUUUCCUUACCCCUGUCCUCCUGGGUGACUUCAGGUUUCAGGUAUGGGGCUUUUGAGGGCUCACGUCUCUGCUGUGGUUUUGGUGCUGUCUGCUCCUAAUGCCUGGCCAGCUACAUUGCAGCUGCCUACAAGCACAAUGUGCACUUGUCAGAGGACAGAGAAAUGCCUGCUUCUCCUGAUGAGACCUUGUUGCUGGGCAAAAAUAAGAGUUCUGAGUGGAACUGCACAGUGAAAAGGAAGAUACUGUCAGGGUGGCGAGUCUAUUCCUUGAUGCCUUGCUGAGCAGUCUGUAUGAAUAGCAAGAUUACUUUCCUUCCUCAGACAUACCUCAUGUUGGAACAUCAGAAUUUUUAUGAAGCAUUUGGAGCUAUAGUAGAAAUGUGCCUUUCCAAAAUAUUCUGCAAAACAUUGCUCUUCGUGAGGAAUAAAAAUUGUUUUGUAUGAUCAGUUUAAAAUUGCUCAUUGUGCAAAAACGUGCUUUUAAUAAAAUAGCAAAAAUAAAAAAUUGUAUGUUAAUUUAUUUUCACAGAACAAGUGAAUAUUUUAGCUCUAGGCAGAAAGGUGAGAACAAUUCAAGGGUUAGUUUGUACUGCAGUGUGUACAGAUUGUACUUCCUCAUCUUAUGCAAUAGGAGCUUACUUCCAAAACAAGCUUGUUACAAUCUUUACUCCUCCUCCUCCUAUCUGCUUUAUAUUCCUAUGCGUGCACUAGUAGCAACAAGGCAGCAGCCAUGCUCCCUUCCCAGAUCCUGGUACAUGCUGCAGUGCUUGCCCUGGCAGUCUUGCAGGCCCUGGCCUUGGACACCUUCAUUGCAGCCGUGUAUGAGCACGCCGUCAUCCUGCCACGCACCAUUCACAAGGUUUCUCCCAAUGAUGCUUUGGCCCUGAUGAACAGAAACAUGGAUGUUCUGGAAGGAGCUAUCAAGGAAGCAGCGCAGCAGGGUGCCCGCAUCAUUGUGACUCCCGAGGAUGGCAUUUAUGGCUGGGUUUUCACGAGGGACACCAUUUACCCCUACCUGGAGGAUAUUCCUGAUCCAGAGGUGAACUGGAUUCCCUGCACUGAUCCCACAAGAUUUGGUCGAGCACCAGUGCAGGAGCGACUCAGCUGCAUGGCCAGGAACAACUCCAUCUAUGUAGUUGCAAAUAUCGGGGACAAGAAGCCAUGUAAUUCCAGUGAUCCCAAGUGCCCGAGUGACGGGCGCUACCAGUACAACACUGACGUUGUCUUUGACACAGAAGGGAAACUGGUGGCUCGUUACCACAAGUACAACCUGUUUAGACAAGAAACUCAGUUUAAUUACCCAAAAGAGCCAGAAGUCAUCACCUUUGAGACUCCCUUUGGGAAGUUUGGCAUUUUCACUUGCUUUGACAUCCUUUUCUGGGAGCCCGCUGUGGUGCUGGUGAGCGAGCUACAGGUGGACACGGUGCUUUUCCCAACAGCCUGGAUGAAUGUCUUGCCCUUUCUGACUGCUGUGGAGUUUCACUCUGCAUGGGCUAUGGGCAUGGGAGUCAAUUUACUGUCAGCAAAUACUCACAACACCAUCAUGUCUAUGACAGGCAGCGGGCUGUUCACACCCCAAGGGCCGGCCAUGUACUACUACAACAGCAAGACAAAGGAGGGACGUCUCCUGGUAGCAGAGCUCAGCGCACGACCUCGUCUUUCUCCUAACUAUCCUGCUGCAGUCAACUGGAGCUCAUAUGCUACAAGUGUCAAAAACUAUUCAGGAGAAAAUAAGACCUUUCCAGGAGCUGUCCGGCGGGAUAUAUUCACUUUCAGUGAACUCAAGCACAAAGCUGGAAAUCACACAGUCUGUCAAAAAGACCUCUGCUGUCAUUUGACCUAUCGGAUGUCAAAUAAAAGUGAAGAUGAAGUUUAUGUACUGGGUGCAUUUGAUGGGCUUCAUGGCUCUGUCAUAAAAUACCAUUGGCAGAUAUGCACACUGCUCAAGUGUAAGAGCACAGACCUGAGAACGUGUGGACAGCCAGCAGAGACUGCACAGACCAAGUUUGCCAUGUUCUCCCUCAGUGGCACAUUUGGCACUAACUACGUCUUUCCAGAAGUCUUGUACAGCGGUGUGCAGUUGGCCCCUGGGGAAUUUAAGGUACUGCCUGAUGGACGUCUGCAAAGUAAGAAUGGCACAUCAAAACCACUCCUAACAGUGACGCUUUUUGGGAGGUGUUAUGAAAAGGACCUGCCUCAUCCCCUGCGAAGCUUCCUGUGAUGUAACUCCCUAAAUGUUAAUCAGUCAGCAUAGGCAGGAUGAGAAUUUCCCACAGUGAUCCAUAAGCUUCUCAUGAUUUGUAACAGUUAUCCUGUAUCAUUCAUAUCCUUCAAUCUUAUUCUUCUGCUUAGUAGCUGGGGCAGAUGAGUUUAUUUAGAAGAUCAGUGGUCACUCUGUUGUGGACCUAGAUCAACAGUACACUACUGUACUAAUGCUUGAGCCAGUGCAUUUGUUAUACUCUGUCAUAUGAAAACUCUGAUUAGAAAUUAUUAUAUUUUUCAAAAAUAUAACAUAGGUUGCCAGAAUAAUCCUAGUCAUAAGACUGAUGCUGAGAUGUGUGGAAUGUGAAUUUGGCCACCUUUCUGCCAAAUGAAUCUUCCCCAAAGAAGUUUCUCUGUCCCUUCUGGCUCUUCCUGUUUUUCAGACUAGAGGAGCACUAAAUGUCUGUGUCCCUCCACUUUAUGUGCCGUUCACCAAGGCCUUCCUAAUAUUCAGUGGAACUCAGCCAUUCUGACCAAGCUACUGUACAAUGAAACAAAAAACAGAUUUGAAAUGGUUUUAGGUGCGAUCUCCAUGCAGUUUUUCAUGAUCCACACAGACAGUGAGUCUGCUCCAUAAAGAACCUUCAGUUCUACGGUCCUGCACUGCUUUGCAUGUGUAGCAUACACAUGCUAGGUCCAAUGCAUUUCAGAUCACACUUACCUUAUAAGUGUAGUACAUCAUUCCUCUGGAUAUUUGGAAAAUUUCUUCAAAACUGUGAAAAUGUAAGAAGUGGCAAUGUUUUAACCAUACAUGUAGUGUAAGAAAUGUGCAUUAUCUGGGACUUCUAGUGAUGGCACAUGAAACUUGGUAGCCCUGGGCUGGCUUGUAUCUACCAUGUUUUGCAGCAAACAGGCCUUGUUUGACCACAUGCCUUAGUGUGAUCCCUGCUUUAACAUUAAUCCCACAGUCUUUUACAUGUAUUGUUCUUCACAUCCCUGGCAUGCAGCAUGCACCGUGUUUAGCAUCCAUUUGCCCUAAAUGUGGCACAUAAACACUCCGUGGCUUCCCACCUUAAGCUCACCAACAUUCAUUAUCCAAAAUUUUUUUUAACCGUACGAGUUCUGUUUUCUUUGUGCUGUUGCUUCUCAGUACCCAGGUUUGGAGACUUCUUUGAGGCUUUGUUUCAUCCUGGAAAGAAAACAGCUGAGUUUAUAACCAGAGGAGGGGCCAUGCAAUUUGGGAGCAGUUAUUCAAACAUGCAGGGCCUCAAGGUUGUGCUUUCCAGUGGCUUGCCCAGCACCUCACCCUUUUCUUGCCUGACUUGUGGUUGUAACCUGGAACAGCCAUCAAACAAAUCUUGGUCAAGAGAGAGUAUGACUUCCCAGUGGCAGUACUAAUCCUACAUGGCUAUUGGUUGUGUAACAGGUAUGGGGUCCCGAAUUUCAAGAC